CCUUUUCUAUAGGUUGGCUGGCACUGGCAGGCUGAUUCUAAUAGAAUUUGCAGAAAUAUAUAUGCACUUACAACCGACAUCCAUCUGGGGUUUGGUUCCGAGUGCUUGUCCUCGAUCACUUAACAAAACAACCACUUGCCCAAGCGAUCACUUAACAAAACAGCUACUUGCCCAUGCAGUUGCCUUAUAUCAGUUUAUCUAUCAAUAAUCCGGCAUGUUCCUCCCAUCAGACUGAAGAGUACUCCAUGUUCCGUCUACUAGUCAUGUAGACAUUCUCCAUCGUGUCCCUGUCUGUCAGUCAUAUGUACAAUUGCAGCAACCACACCUAUAAAACGCUUGGCCUACACAAUAGGAACUAUAAUGAUGACAAGUUCCUAGUACAACUGUACAAGGGUCCACAAAAUAGCAUCUAAAUUACAUUUUCCCUUAAAGAUAGUAUCCUAGUCAAAUAUUUACAUAUAACGAAUAUGACAAAUGAGCUAACCGAUCCUAAAUGGUUAGUGGCAAUUGCAAAAUCUUAUACCAGUGCAUGUCUAUGCGUUGGCUUGCUCAUAGCCCACAGUAUAAAUAUGCGUCGGUUUAUCAUAAAUAUUUGGCUUUUAUGACAACAUUCGCUCAAACAUUUAAAAUUGCUUGCUCAUAGCCCACAGUAUAAAUAUCCGUCGGUUUAUCAUAAAUAUUUGGAUUUUAUGACAACAUUCGCUCAAACAUUUAAAAUUUCAACCUAAUAAUUUCUCAAAUGCUUAGUUUUGAAAUAUAAGAAACAGUGGUAGCUCAACAUUCAGCUGAAUAUUAGAUUUUAUAAACUUAUUCUACUACUAUAAAAUUGAUGCUCAAAAAAUUAAAAAGUUUGGUCGAAUCUUAUCCCAAAUGCUAGAUAUUUAUGACUUGAGAGAGUAAAAUUAAAGACUCGAUGGUAUUUUCAGUUGCAUGUUUUAUUUACCCUUUUAUUUAACACAAAUCCUCAAUAGGAUCUACAUAGUGUGAUCUAUCUAAUUAACGGUCAGAUCAUUCUAAUUAAUAUAGUAAACAUAGAUCUAGCUAUUUCUUAGAGUGCUCACCUGUACAGUUUUGUUAUUAGAUGUUGGCGUUUGGAAGAGCUUGUGCACACGAUUAAUAGUGGGGACUUAAUUGGAAUGGGACUUUAGAUAAUAUAAUUAAUUUUGACCUUUGCUUAAGAAAAAAGUUGUAACUAAUUAUUAUAGAAGUUGCAUGGCAAACGAUUGCGAAUUAUAAAAUUACAACUUAAGUAAAAAUAAAAAACUACUUAGAGUACCAUCUUAAAAUAAAGAUUAUUUCCAUAUAGAGUGGUGAGAAUAUGCAUAACCAUUGUUUUUUCCCAAUACCUUGCAAGUUAUAUUGUCUUCCGCAAAUCGAAAACGGAAUCACUGAAAUCAACUGUAGAUCAUUUUGUCCAUUGAAUUUCUCACACAUCAUCACCGGUGACUAACGUCAAACCAAAAUAGAAGAUAACGUCGAAGGGUAAUUGAGCAGUGAAUCAAUCAUUCGCCAAGAUCUUACCACCGUCAUAGCCAUUGAAGCUAAUCCAACACAAAGGACACCCACCAGCAAUAGAACCUCCAAUGCGACGCCUCUAAAAUGGUCAUGCCAUCUAUGAUAUCAUCAUUGCUAUUCCGUACAAUUUGAACUAGGUUUUCACCUAGAGUCUUUCACCCAAAGAGUCUACCCCUAAACACGAUGAGAGGAAGGGAGCGUCAGUGACAUCGCCUCAAGGAAUGUGUGGUGCUCACAGGCAUCACCGGUGUGGGUGCUCCCAGCAUUUAGGGCCUCAGUUGUAUAUGGUGUGGGUGCUCCCAGCAUUUAGGGCCUCAGUUGUAUAUCCACGACGAUCUAAACUUUGACCUCCUCAGCAUUAUUAAUCAUCUCAUCCUUUUCAGUUUUUCUCCUCGUAGAAAUGGGCAAUACUUUAGUUAAUUCAAUCUAUUGGACGAUGUAAUGAGUUGGGUACUUGGGUGUCUGGAGGGAGUUCAAUCACGAUGGUGUAAGUGGUGCGUGCGCUUCAGCCACCUGAAUAUUGAUGGGACCUUUUUCAUUUUUCUUGAACCAUUUAGAGUAACAAUUGGACCAUAUCACCAUAAGCAUUAGUUAGAUGCGCUGAUCAAAGUCCGUCAGAUUCAUCAUGCAUUGGAUUAGAUUAGAUUAGAUGGUAUAUUGCCAUUGCAACCUUUCCCUUUGCAUGUAGUUGAGGGGUGCCUGUCUAAGGUAGCUAAGGAGGAGAAUAAGAUCGAUGUUGAUGCAGCCAGCUUCGCACAAGCAUAUAUUUGCAAGACAAUUCGGAUUGAUUCAAAGCCAAGCUAGCUAAGCUAACCCAUGUCCACCUAGCUUGGCUAAAAUGGCUUCUACAAUAUGCACCAAGAAAUUAAGCCAACACCACCCAUCUCUAUAUCCAUUUGCCUUUUAUUACACAUUCGCUAAUCAGUGUUCAAUGUGUUUUCUUAAUAAUAGAUAUUAAACCUGUCCUUAAUUUGCUUCAACAAAAUCUAUAACCACUAUAAUGUAGAGGCCGAAAUGACAUCCAAUAUACUCCUUAGAAAAUGUACUACUUCAGAUGGCGGCGGUCCGCGCUAACACAUGGACAUCACAUUGUGUGCUUCUUCAGCAUUGGCAUGUGGGUUUGCACGCAACUAAUUCGUAGCAUGCACACUUCGGAGAGACCCCAUCAGGAUGCACGCAUGCCGAUUUAUCCUAGGCUCGACAGGCUAGUUAGGACAUCAUCCAAUAUUGCAGGGACUAGUGAUGACAAAGAAUAGUGGGUUGGAAAGGUAAAAUACAAUAUAGGAUAAAAGAAAAGGUAAAACUAGAAUGAUUCUUGAUAUAUUCAUUUUGGCUCAAUUGAAUUACCCAUGAUCUUUAUAAAGGGGUUAAUCUUGUGUAAACAAAACCUUUUCAUAUUAUAUUAGGUUUAGAGAUGUAUUAGAACUCGAGAAAAUCCUAGACCUUAAGAAAAGGAAUAUGAAAAAGAACAAAUUAUACAUAGACAGUUGGACUCAUAGUCUGUUGAUAAGACUAUUGACAUAUAGGUCAAUAUUUGAUCAGACCGACUAUUCUAACACCUCCAAUCAGCUUUUUGCGUGAAGGCUCUUAUCCCUAUCUAAAUUUAGCCUAAAUUGGGUCCAAUACCAAAUUUAACUGUCAACAUCUUACAUUGUUUUCAUAGUGCAUAACAUAGAUAGAUGACCUUGUUAGGUAAACUAUAGUGGCAGUACCGCUUGGUACGACUUGUUUGGGACAUGUGUAGGCGACAUUGUUCAUGCAUACAUACAUACAUACAUGUGUAAAGGAUUUUGCAUACUUAUAAAAGAUUUCUUUUUUGGCUUCAAUUUUUUUAGAACGGCCCCAAAUAGGGCCCGCUAGGUCUAAUUGUUUGGUAGCAACUAAGACUCAAACACACAAUAGAGGAACGAAUCUGAAUAAGUUGCAGGCGCUAUUGUGACUUGCAACUUAGGCAGUAGCAGUUCUCAUCAAGGGAUGCAAAUCGGAUUGUCCAGACAAACGAGUUGCAUUGUUCUUUGUUCCAUAGCAAAAACACUGUAGCAUGGAACAUUGAUCAUACUGUUACUGUAGCGCUAGAUAUGAACCGUUAAUCAUGGAAAUGGAUGGCUGAAAUUAUAUGCAGUCCUUAAGUUGCAAUUACAAUUGUAAGUUUGUACCUGCAAACGAUCUCAAUCCUAGAAGAACAUACAGUUUUGUGGAUGGUCCAUGAAACACCAACUGCUAGCCAAGGUGAUGCAACAUAAAUUUUCCACACUUCCAAAGGGAGUGUUUUAGAGGAGAGGAUUGGAGAAGAAACUUAAAACGAGCUGAACCAUUAGUGUACGAUUAAUUGAGUAUUAAUUAUUUCAAACUUGAAAAUGGAUUAAUAUGAUUUUUUAAAGCAACUUUCAUAUAUAUGGAAAGGGGAACAAGGAGAAAAGGAGAAGAGGAGAAAGCGGCAGCGACAAGAAGGAGGCGGGGUAGAAGAGGAGUCUACCGACGACCAGAUUUGGGAGCACCGUUGUUGGAGUCGCCGCAGAUCCAAACCGAUUUGCACUAUAGCCGAGUUUGUCGUGUGAGGUCUCCGCCGCUCCGUUCACCUAGGGCUUGCUCGCUACCACCGAGGUCUUCGCGUCUAUUGCGAGGCGCCUUGUCCAGGUUGUUAGCCGCACACUUUCACUUUGUCUUCGGGGUCGCUGACAUGAGGUGCCGGCUGGUGGUGGAGGGAGAGUGGUGCCUGAGGCGUCAGCCGACGGUGGAGGGAGGGAGAGUGGCGCCGGCCGGUGGUGAGGGCUAGCAGCGAGGGAGAGGGGAAUGGAGUGAAUGAGAUGGGAAGGGGUAACUUUAUUUUUGUUACUGUUUUUGAGGUGUUUGGUGUAAAUAUUGUAGUUCCCUACAAAUUAUCAAAACAUAAGGACUAAAAUAGAAAAUGAUAAGAGCUGACAUGCAAAAUCAAAGACACAGCUUGAGCUACUUUGCAUUGUGGGAGAGGGGGUGUGGUCUCAGUCUAUGUGGCACAUUCUCUCAUCUAGAGACAUGGUGUGUCCCGCAUUGUGAAUGGCCUUAGUAUCAUUGUUGUUGGUAGGUGCUGAUAAAAGUAUGAGCAACAAGAAUUGUGCAGUAGCAUUUCUCCUUGUCAGACGAUCGGAGCCAUCCAUACUGACAUACUCCAAUUGUCGGUUCAUCACCGUCACUUUGUGCAACCCACUGUUUGUUUAACAAUGACUUGUUAACAUUGUUGAGUCAUGGGGGAAAAAUGUGAGAAGCAUAUAUCAGGUAUCAUGUGAGAGGCAUUUAGGGCGUGUUUGGUUGCUGCCCUCGCCUGAGCGCUAUCACUCAGGCAGGUCGAUCUAGCCGCAGGUGACCGAAAUCGAACGCCUGAGAUCGACGCCUGAGUCAGGCGUGAUUCCCAGGGUGGCAUCCAAACACGCCCUUAAUUUCGUGCACAAGUGUGUGUAUACAAGCGGGAGAUACCUAGUAUAUAAUGUGACAUUACCUAGUUUAUGAAUCUAGAUAUGAGCAUGUCAGAAUCAUAGUAACACUAGCAAUAUUUUAGGUUAGGACGGAGGUAAUUAAUACUAGUACUUUUCUUUUCCUUGUAGAUGCUUGCUUUCAGAUUUUGUUCAAUUGAUAAUUGGAGGCACCAUUGCCUGGCUAUGGGCAAUUACCAAUUUACUGGUAAUGCAAGCAUAUGUACACUAUACGAUACGAGUACGACGAGUGGCUAAAUGAUGAAGCUCAACGGUACGUACGGUAGACAGCAACGCACAUUAAUUAGGUUAAUGUACUACUACAUCCAUUCUAAAAAUAUAGCUAUCUAGUAUAUAAUGUGAUAUUAUCUAGUACUAUAAAUAUAGACAUAGAUAAUGUCAUAUUCUAUAUUAGAUAGCUAUAUUUUAGUAUAUUUUAGGACAGAGAAAGUACUAGCUAGUAUAUUCAUCCAAAAUCCUACCUACAGUAUUUAUUGGGUUAUUCUCUGUCCAGUGUAUAAGUAGAAGUGAUAUGGAUGGAUAGGGUGAUGAAGGAGAGGAAUCGAAGUUGGGCAUGCGUGCGUGGAGAUCCAUGAUGCAGUGCACCCCCGUAGUUUGUUAGUAAUAAUUAAUUAUGAUGGCAAGUGCAUGGCAUGGAAGGGGCCGGUCCAUUGAUAAUUCGACAUGAUCCAGCUAAUAAUCUGCAUGCUACACCCACACAUAUGACAUGAUAUGAUGCAUCAAUUUCACCUACUAGUGCUAAAACCACACACAGCUCGAUCGAUAGAUGAGAUCAAAGGGGUAAGAUGGGUUGUACUAACUAGUAGUAAUAUACGUAAGUGAGCGAGCGAGUAUACGUUGGAAAUCAAAAGUUGUAAAAAGUAAAAGCAAAGCUAACACUGCAAUCCAAAACAAAGAAGAAAGAAAAAAAAAUGGUGGUACAGUUAUAGGAAUGCGGAGCUAAGCUAGCUAAACAAGCAUGGGGUCCAGUGAAGUCCAAGGAGGCAGAGGGUGGGGAAAGAAGAGAAGGAUUCAGAGAAGGGAAAAAAGCAAAAGAGAAAGGGAAAAAGGGAAAAGAAGAAGCAGCAGCAGCUCAAGACUCAACUCAAGUAGAAGAAGAAGAAUAGGGAGAGAGAGAGACCAUCGAUCGAUCUGUCUCUUUUGCCUGCUCUGCUCCUCUUGUUUUCUUUUGCCUUGUUUGCCUCCUCUGCAACGAACGCAGACCUAGCAGCAUGCAUAUUCAGUCAAGAGUUUAAUUGCAAGAAGAAGAAGAAGAAGAAGAAAUCUACUACUAGUCCAGUUGCAGUUGCAGAGGCAUAUUGUGGUUGGAUAAUGGAGACGGUGUCGGUGUGCGGGCUCCACCCGGGCGUGGCGGUGACGGGGUUCUGCCCGGCCUGCCUCCGCGACCGCCUCGCCGGCCUCCACCCGCCAUCCGACCUCCGCCGCUGCAAGUCCUUCUCCUACUACGCCCGCUCCUCAUCCUACUUGGAGCCGCACCCGCAGCAGGAUGCUCUAGUCCUGCCCGAUGCUGCUGAUGCUCCAACCAACACCAAGCUCGCCUUGGGCUCCCUGGGCAAGCGCUGGCAGGAAUGGCGUCGCAAGUCCAAGCUCAAGCACCACCACCCGCCCCCCGCCACCGCCACCGACCCCGCGCUGCUGGCCCGCCGCUCCUGCGACGCUUUCUCCACCCGCACCAUGCUGGACGAGCCCCGCGCGUCCUACCAUCCCACGCUCUUCGUUCCACGCUCCGACGACCAGAUCCCCGUGGAGGAGGAGGAGCGAGCUUACGUGCCCGGCGGCUCCGCCCAGACAAGGGACUACUACCUCGACUCCUCCAGCUCCAGCAGGAGGCGCCGGAGCGUCGACCGCAAGUCCUCCUCCGACGCCGGCGACCAAAUCCCCAGGAUGGUGGCCGCGGCUGCCAAUGCCAGGGUUUCACCGGCCACAGAGCUGUACCACCAGCCCCACACGUUCCACUAUCACCAGCCAAGCUUCGAGCCGCCGCCAUUAUUGGCCCGGGAACGACAAGAGGCAAAGAGCAAGCCUAAGAACAAGGGGAUCAAGGGGUGGAGCAUCUGGGGCCUCCUGCACAAGAAGAGCAGCACCACCAACAGUGUGGGUGCCACUGCCAGUGCGUUCGCCGGCGAGGCACGGGCGGCGCCACCGGAGCUCCGGGCAAGGGGUUACGACGGCCAGAUGCUCCGGUGCAACAGCAGCGUCAGCGCAAGAAGCUCAUUCAGUGGAAUUGGAAGCUCAUUCAAUGGCGGCAGGUUGGGGAUGAGGAGGGCAGAUGAAGUUUUGCUUGAGAGGAAUUUCAGCGCCAGGUACUCUUCGUCUUCCUCCUGCAGGUAUCAGUUUCACAAGGAUGAUUACUCCAACUCCAUUGCCAACAAUUCUGGAGCUGGAGCUGGAAGCAGGCCUCCUCGUUCCUCCACCUUGCCGAGGACCUCACUUGGACUCUACUACUACUGAACUCAAUUUUAUUAUUAUUACCCUUAGCCGCCCUAAAUCUCAUCAAUCAAAAAUUAUUAGUGUGCAUAGCAUAGCAGCUUAUAUAUACUUGUUGCAGUUUUACAACUCAACUGGUGAUUGCCUCCACCACGUACGGGUGCAUUAUACCUUACUUAAUUUACACUAGUACACCCUUUUGUUUAUUAAUCUCCUCCAACCACGACAUAUGCAUGUUUCUUCUUUCAUCCAUUCAGUCCCAGACUCAAGCCUGUCUCAUAAUCUCAUAUGCUUCAAAUCAGCCAUGUGUUGGAUUGAAAAGAAAAACGCUUUUCCCUUCAUCAGUUUGUAAGGCUCCUUUUCUUUCAUAUACUGAUAUACAACUAUGCAAUGAAGCUCA